CAACACAUAAAAAGACCACCGCAGGUUGCACCACUUACCCCGCUAUCGUUCUCAACCCAAGUCAACUAUAUUCUCUCUCGUCCUCUUCACCAACCAGUAUCUCUUACAUAACAAUGGCUCAAUACACUUUCAAGGUUACCAUGUCCUGCUCCGGGUGCUCCAAUGCCGUCAACCGUGCGUUGAACCGCAUUGAAGGUGUUAAGAAGGUGGACAUUAGCUUGGAAAACCAGGAGGUCGUCGUCGAGACCGAUCUUCCCCGCGAACAAAUCUUGGAAGCUAUCAAGAAGACUGGCAAGACCGUUCAGGAGUAAAAACAUGGUGCCUGUGAAACUUUCCCUAUAUCUCUCAUCUCUUGCAUUUCCUCAGAUAAACGUUUUGUAUCCGUUCCUGGUUUGGAUAUGCAGCAAAGCUGUUUUUUAUUUACCUCUGUCACAUAAUAAACCAGUCACUCAAUAAUGCUUUGCAUUUCAAAAAAUGUCAUUUGCAUAAGCCCAUUUGUUGAAGAGUCAGAGGAUCAAAGUAGCCGCGAGCACGUUAUUCAAGCUUUCCUGUCAAUUACUGUCAAAAUGUGCCAUCAGAGUAAAAGGAAUAGGUCAAAAGGUUGAAAAAAUUAAUAAACUCUUCCAACCCACUUUCGGUUACCGUUAUUGUUACCAUUUUUGCAAUCAUGUUGACGCGACACUAUUAUUAUGCCUGAACCAACACGGCUUGUGC